AUGGAUCUCACCAGAUUUCCAUUCGACAACGUCACAUGUUCACUAACAUUUGAGUCAUUUAACUACAACACCGACGAGGUCCAAAUGGCUUGGACGCCGACCGGUGUCAGUAAAAUGCGCGAGAAAAUGGAGUUAGCUGACUACGAAUUGGUCGAUAUCAAUAAUGUUCGCAACGAAGAGGUUCGUACUCAUACGCAUAGGGGGAUGGUUAUUAGGGGAUUUUCUGAACAAUGCUAA